AUGACUCCGACCAGCACAGCCUCUCCCACCCUUCCGAAGGUCUCCACCAAUUUUGAUCCACCUAUGCCACGAAAGCAAACUUCCAGCACUGUUAAGGAUAACACUAGGGUUUCUGAAAACCCUAAAGCAGCCAUGACACCUUCGAAGAUACAUACGAUUGUGGAGGCUACUGAUGUCGCCGGAACUUCCUCCACGACUGACAAUCCUACGUCGACUCUUAAACCAACAUAUGUUGCUGUUAUGGGUCCACGUCCGGCACGCAAACCAGAUAUUCCAGCGCAUACUUUUUUCACGUUAAAACCAGAGCAGCAAGGGAAUGAGGUUGCUUUUAAUAUCCCUUCGUCGCUGUACCAGAAGCAGGUUUCUGAAUUUCAACACGCCCUCAUUGGACGGCUUCUUUUGCGCAAAGGGGAUAAGCCGAGGCCAAACUUGGUGCUCAAGCAAGAGUUGCAGCAUACUUGGAAUAUUCAGAAGCCUUGGAGCCUUAUUCCCAUGGGAAAGGGAUACUUCACUCUAAAAUUCUCAUGCGAGGAAGACAAAAUCAAGAUGUUUGAUCCUUAUAGGGAAAUUUCAUCGCUUUGCCAUGUGUGGGUCAGAAUCUAUUAUCUUCCUGUAGAAUGCUGGUAUCCGGAGAUUAUCACGGGAAUCGCACGGCAUAUCUGUCUUCCGUUAAAACUGGACGCUGCCUCUGCUUAUGGGGAAUUUGGCCAUUUCGCUAGAAUUCUUAUAGAAGUCGAUCUAGCUUUACCUCUCCCUGAGACUCUCUUAAUCAACUGUGAUGAAGGAUCUUUUUACGUGGAGUUUAGUUAUGAACAGCUGCCCCUUUUCUGCUCCCGAUGCAAGAUUACGGGCCAUACUAUAUCUAAAUGUAAGAAAGGAGAAACCAAGGAACAUGGCGAUAAAGCUACUAUUGUCAGGAAUAAUGAAAAGGAGAAUAAGAAGGCAAAGCAACAACAAGUUAAGAAAGACAAUCAGUGGAAGGCCAAAGAUAUCGAAGUGGAGGGUCAGAAUAAUAAUUCUUUUGGUUGUUUAUCCCAGGGAUGCAGAGAUCAACAGGAUCACGAUGACAUAUAUGGUCCGGAUUUUUAA